CUGCCGUGAGGAAAAUUGAAUGUUUGUGCUUCGAUCCGGUUGCUGCCGGAGGUUUUUCGAGUUUGUUCUUCUUUUUAUUCUUCUGACUCCAACAGAUAAGGACAUCCAAUUAGUUGAGUCCCACUAGGAGAAUGCCGCUUACUACUAUAAAUACAGAACAUUGAGCCAUUAUUCAGGUACGUUUUUCAUUAUUUUCCAGCAUAUAGCCUCAUGCAUAUAAUUUCCUUUCUAACUUAAGCAUUGGAGGGGCGACGAGAACACACCUCGUUGCCUUUGUUUCAGGUACCGGAAGACUACGAUCGUGAUCAAUCCGAAUCAUCAAGCUCGAAAAAUCUGCAGGUAUGAAUUUUGGUAGUAUCAUUGGCGCCGUCUGUGGGAAACGCUACCAAAAGUCAUGGUUAACGCGCGAUUAGGUCUUUCUUCUGCAAGCUCAUCCGCUCUCAUCCCUCAUCCCGUCGAAGAUCAACCGGCUCCUCAUGAAGAAUCCUCGGGAGUGCCCACACCUCUGCCAGCAAUUAUUACAACCGAAGUCUUUGAAGAGCUUCGUCAGCAGGUGGCCACGCUCACGCAACUGUUAAGUCAAAGAAAGUCACAUCCGUUGCCAGCGCAGGCUAAGCAUGGCGAUUUUAUGGCCGAUGCUCGAGCACACCACCAAACCUAGCAAAUGGCGGAGUUGGAACAUCGGGCAUUCAUAAUAUGGCCUCGGGCUCGAGAUCGGUCGCCAUGGAUUCUAGUGAAAUUGCUUGGAUCAUUCAAGAAGGAAUUACAGUUGGCCUGCAACGUAAUGCUCGGGGGUCAACAAGCUUCACCCCUAACACUCCAUUCACACCAGAGAUAUUGACAUAUCCCUUGCCUGACAGAUUCAAGUAUCCUCGCAUUAAAGAGUAUGAUAGGACGAUCGACCCCAUCAAUCAUCUCAAUGUAUACAUUGAUGUCCUGAACUUGCAAGUCGCGCCGGAUCAGGUUAUGUGCAAAGCCUUUCCACAAACGCUGACUAAUGCUACUAGGGAUUGGUUCUCGACAUUGGAGCCCAACUCCAUAGCCUCAUUCUCAGAUUUGGCUGAUAAGUUCUCAGCCUUCUUUGCAAGUAGUAAGCGAAUCAGGAAGAUCGCGGCCUCUCUCAUGCAACUUCGCCAGGGACCAACUGAAACCCUGCGAUGAUUUAUGACAAGGUUCAACAAGGAAAGGUUUCAAAUACCCGACCUCCACAUCACAGCAGCUGUCUCCGCCCUCACUUACAUUGUAAGAUGUGAGGCUUUCAAGAUGUCUUUAUCAAAGACCCCACCGCAGACAGUGAUUGAGCUCCUUACCCGAGCUGAAAAAUACAUCAAUAUGGAGGAAACACUAAAUCCAAGGAGACUCGGUCCUUCUCAUGAAAAGAUCGAGAAAAAAAGGCAACAUGAUCCCGUCCCCAGGCACGAGGUUCCUCGAGAUAAGCGCAGGAACGAGGCGCCAUCAGCACCUCUCACUCGGUUGAACACCUCUAAGACAAACAUUUUGAUGGAGGUUAAGGAUAUGAAAGAAUUAAAGUGGUCUUCAAGGAUGAAGUCGCCCCCUGACGCAAGAGAUAGGAGCAAGUAUUGUGAAUUUCACCGGGAUCAUGGGCAUACUACAGAGGACUGUCAUGCUUUACAGCGAGAAAUUGAAGCCCUUAUCAAAAGAGGAUUUUUAAAUAAUUACAUUGGUCAUGAUAAACGGCCAAGGAAUGACCGGGACAAUCGGAAAGAGCCUGGGGCUGGAAGCAGUGCUCAACCCACUGCUGGAACCAUUAAUAUUAUCAUUGGGGGCAUAGCAUCCGGUGGAGACACAAGUAGUGGGCGGAAGCAGUAUGCCCGUCAACAUGCUCAUACCCCAAGAGAAUCCAGUGAUGAAGUUAAUGACAUCACUUUUGGUGCAAGAGAUUUGGAAGGAAUAUUAUAUCCUCAUGACGAUGCCUUGGUCGUUUCUGCGGUUGUGGCUAACUUCGAAGUAAGGAGGAUUCUGGUUGAUAAUGGGAGUGCUGCGAACAUACUGUCCAAGGAGGCUUUCGCCAAAAUGGGAAUCUCUCCCAGGCAGCUCAAAGCAGUAAAAACUCCCCUACAAGGAUUUGGUGGUGGAAUCAUUAUCCCUGAAGGCAUCGUCGAGCUCCUGCUUACAUUAGGAGCUGGUAGUACACAAGUGACGGAGAUCACACCAUUCCAAGUGGUUAACACCCCAAUGGCCUACAACAUCAUUCUAGGAAGACCCCUACUGAACAAGAUCCAGGCUAUUGUGUCAACUUUCCACCUCACCAUGAAGUUCCCGACAGGUCAUGGCGUCGGAGUAGUUCGAGGAGAUCAAACGGCGGCUAGACAGUGCUAUGUUACAAGCAUCCGAGGCAUGAGUGCUGACGUCAUGCAACUCGUAGACCUCGAGCUCGAGCCAAGGGGUAGAUUGGCCCCCGUUGAAGAAUUGGAAGUGGUCGAGCUCGAGCAUGGAAAAGCCGUUACUAUUGGUGGGGAUCUGAAGGCCAACCUCUGGGAGGAAGUCAUCGGUUGUCUGUCCCGCAACAUUGAUGUUUUUGCAUGGAAUGUGGGAGAUAUGCCAGGGAUAGACCUAGAAGUAGCUGUCCAUAAACUUAAUAUCAGCCCAGGGGCCAAACCUGUUAAGCAAAGGAAGAGACAAUUUGCGCCGGAAAGACGUGUGAUCAUUCAGGAAGAAGUCGGCAAAUUGUUAGGAGCGGGGUUCAUAAGAGAAGUCCAAUUCCUCGAUUGGCUCGCUAAUGUUGUUCUGGUGUAAAAGCUCAGCGAUAAGUGGAGGGUUUGCAUUGACUUCACAAAUCUGAAUAAGGCAUGCCUAAAGGACAGCUACCCACUACCUGGGAUCGAUAAUCUUGUGGAUAGCACAUUCGGACAUAAGUUGUACAGCUUCUUAGAUGCAUUCUCAGGAUAUCAUCAAAUCCUCAUGGCCAAAGAAGACCAAGAGAAGACUUCAUUCAUGGCUGAUUUAGCCAUAUAUUGCUAUAGGGUGAUGUCAUUUGGGUUGAAAAACGUUGGGGCUAGGGGUGGGCGCGGGUCGGUUCGGUUCGGUUCUAAAGAGAACCGAACCAAACUGAACUUUUCGGAUAUCUAGUAAAUGAAACCGUCGGCUCCAAAUAUAAUUAUGGAAUCGUUCGGGUUCGGUUCCAGUCGGUUUAGUU